UCUCACCAGUCUGGACGAGAGUGACCGCGCAAUUUAAAAAUCCGAUUUUCAGAAAAUGGCAUCUCUCCCUCCACUUUAUUUCGGCACAGAGAUUGAAAAAAGUGUUGCGUGCGGUCGUCUUCAGUGUUAAUUACCGAUAACUUCCGAAAACAACUUCAAUAAAUUAUGUGACAGUAAGCACUAGGUGAAGCCAGUGACAUUAAUAUCUACAAUAUUGAUACGACUAUUAAAGCGCGUCUAACAAUAUAAUAAAUCAAAAGUGUCGCGCUCUUAACGUACGGUUUUAUAAGAACGCUAGUGGAUUAAGCAAUUCGAAUUUUUGGAAACCUACGCUUGAACAUAGUGCCAACUAGUUUCAAUUUUAGACAUUCUCGUGUAGCAAAGUGCUUAUUGUAUGAUAGAGAAUAAUUGAACAAGAAUAUCCGAGACCCUUCAUCGAGGAUUUGAAGGAUUGCGAAGACUACCUGAAUCAUGAUCUAUCAUCUCAAAUGAGAGCUGAAUACAUUGUCAAAACCGCGAAUGAAAUAUGGCUGAGAGAACAUCGAAGCUGAAAGCUAUCGGUAGGAGUGCCAGCACAGAAUCGACCGAGUACUCAAUAACCAUGGGAAAAUCGGUACGGAAGAAGAGCAAAAGGGCGAAGCCCAAAGAGCGCUGGCUGCUUACCAGAAAAACCUGGCGGUACAUGGCAGAUGCGGGAAAGAAACUAAUUCCCGAUGGCGCCCAGAACCGCCCUGAAGAUAUCCCCAAAAUCGAAGCGUACUUCCAAGAGGUAUGCAAAAAAGAACCGCGGUUCUUGUUAUGGAGGAAAAAUUCCUAUCCUGGGGCGAUAGGUUUUCGGAAGAAGAAAAAAACCUCGCGCAUUGGGGGCAGUUGCAGAAAGGCCAGUUCGGCAGAUGAGGCCAGUUUGGGGAUACCGGAAAAGCCACAGAGACCUACGCAUUUAGCAAUACAACCAACCGGAGCCGGGAAGUUUGACCUCAAACGUAUGAAAGAGGAGUUUCUGAGCAAAGACACCACUCCUGUCGGAUUUUCCAGCUACGACCUGAAAAUGGGCAGCAACGACAAACUUGAAGACGACUCAGAGGAGAAACAGCUCGUCAGCAUGCUGGAAAAGUAUCUGUCUCUAGCAAAAGAUGACCCAAAAGUUGUCAAAUCCCAAGCAGAUUUCAAUUACCAAGAUCUGGUGGACAAGUUACAGAGGCACCUGAAUUUGUGUAGUAGGGACAGCCACGGAGGUAACUACACAGGGUACCUCCCUAACCAAAAUGUUCACUUUGAAGGAGAUCACGUUCAGAAAUCUUUGCUAGAAACUUUGAGCAGAUACUACGGCCAAUCUACCAAUAGGGAUCGAACCAUAUCAGAUCUGCUAACGAACAGAAAGGCUCUGGAGAAACUCUACUUCGAAUUACGCAAGGCAAAAGGAUUCAGAGGCAGCAGGGGAGGUACAGGCUAUACCGCAGCUUACGGCACUCCUAGAGCUAGCUAUGAAUACAGCAACCACAACAGAGUACUGAAGAACAGCCCUCUUACAAACUACCCUCCUCCUUUGAUUGAGGUGCAGUCCGAAACUUCAGAGGUAACCUAUCACACUUGGGCCACGCAAACAAUGCCGAUUCCAGAGGGGGUCCUUCAAAAGCUCGAGGACGAAUACAGGAAGGCUCACGACGACAAGCUUGGGGAGGAAGUGCCCGUGAAAGAUAUCAAACCGGUCCGCAGAAGGAGCAGUGUUGACAACGAUGAUGUAUCCCAAUCGGUGAGUGACACUAUAAAACGAUAUCUGAGGAUGGCGCGUAAAAAGAGUGUAGACGUGGACAAAGUGGACAGGUUCAAACGCGUAAACUAUGACAGAAAUUUGCGCAACAUUAAAGCUAAGGGAGAGAUAACCAAGCCGGGAGACGAUGACGGUUUGAACAAGGGCUGCCAGACUAAUGACGAUUGGAUUUUGAUUUACCGCGAUUUGAAAUUCGCGGACGUGUACGACGUUUCGGACGUAGAGAGCCGCUUCUCCAGCUCGAGGAGCAGCAUUGACAUUGGUGUGGGAGACGAAGGACCGAAAUCAAAUCCUUCCUCUCCACCAGCAAUAAAGACCAGUCAGUCGUUUUUGAGCAGUUUGCUUCAUGGCAAGCAUGAGAAACACGAUAAAAAUGAUAAAUCUUCUCCAGCGGUGACCACCAGCGCUGCGAUGCAGAAGAGCAAGUCAUCUUCCAGCGUAAUGCACCACGGCAGUCGGCUGAUGGCGAAGAAAAUCUUCAGGUCUAGGUCGAAGAGCCAGACGAGGCCGGCGCCUUGCAGUUGGACUCCUCAGGGUAGCUGUGUGUGGAACAAUGUUACGGGAAGACAAGUGAUACUGAGUGAUACUUCAUUACUCCAUUUGACUGAUAUAGAGAGGAAAGUUUUGCAGAAAGUAGCCAUCGCUAAAUUGCAAGCCUUGAAUUUGGGAGUGAAUGUCAAACCGCCAAGUGAAAAUGCAGCGUGUGCAGUGGCCAAACCUAAAAGGAGGCCAUACCUACUAAAGAGGAAGGCCUUGACGACGGGGAUUUUUGAUACUAACAGGAAAGAGGCUGAUAAGGAGAAAGAUGGUAGCAAUGCUACUGGAGGUCUCGUCUUCGGAAUUCCUUUGACGCAGUGCGUGGAGAACGACAGGCUGAGCAGGAUUGCCGCAGGAUCGAGUCCUUUCAGGAGCAGGGCGGAAUUGUCGGGGACCACAGAUGAACCAGCAAACAUGGGAAGGCAUGGAUCUCGAUCUAGUUUCAGUUCUUUGAUCGAUUCACCGAGGGGAGAUGAGAAGGGCUCCUGCGAAAACCUGCUACACAACAGGAUGGUGGGCAGCGUGCCCGGCCUCCUAGAUAAGCUGUCAUGCAGCGGCUCUACCGCCGAUCUUCCAGUGGCUGCGGCUCUAGAAGAAGAGGCGGCCGUUCCCAAUAUCCUCACGGAGUGUUUCAGGCAUUUGGAACAGCAUGGAUUGCACACGUUAGGCAUAUUCAGAGUCAGCACGUCGAAGAAGAGAAUUCGGCAGCUUCGAGAAGACUUUGAUUGUGGAAAAGAAACCGUGUUAGAAGAUGACCAAUGUCCACAUGACGUAGCUACUUUACUGAAGGAGUACCUCAGGGAUCUACCCGACCCCCUUCUUUGCAGAGACCUUUAUCAAGCGUUCGUCCAAACACAAAGGAUACGUAACAGAAGACUGCAAUUUGAGGCCCUUCAACAUUUAGUUCAACUUCUUCCUCCUGCCAAUAGGGAUACACUGCAUGCUCUCCUCAGCUUUUUGUCCGUCGUAGCGAAGAAUGCAGAAGAUAGUAACGAUGAAUCAGGUGAAGCUCUCUCUGGAAACAAAAUGGACGCUAAAAACUUGGCGACUGUCUUUGCCCCAAAUAUUUUACACUGCAUAAAACCAGGGGCAAAAGAGAGCGCUGACAAACCAGAAGAUCGGAUAGAUAUAAUCAACGUAACUCGCACCCUUAUAGAACAAUAUAGAGCAAUGUUCACCAUAUCUGCAGAUCUGCUGGAUGAAGUGUACCUGCACAUGAUGGACACUCAUCCAGAGGCUCUGGACCAGCUGCUCAAUAAGAAGGAUGGGCUGGCUGGAGCAGACGAGUCUGUGGAUGAGCUAGACAGCGAGAGCAGUUCGGCUCCAUGGACUCCAAUAGCAUUAACAGCGGAUCCUCCCCUCGACAGUGUUUUCGAUGGGAAAAUGAUCCCCUCGGAACAGAAGCGGACUUAUUCCAGAGAGGAAUGUCUCCACGAAACAGCAGCCACAGGUGGUCCAAACGUUGGCAUGAGAAUUAGGCACAAAGAUAGAAUACGCGAAAGAAGUACCAGAAGACGCCGAGAGAAAAACGAAGACGCCAGCCUCACCUCUUCGGCACUGACCAUAAUAUCACGCCUUCGCGGCCAGAAGGAUGAAGACUACCAGUACGGAAAAAACAGAUCUUCUUCCCUGGAAAGCAACAGUAGCACUCACACAGACUCCGAUAUAACAAGAAUUCUACAAAGGAAUGAUGGACUGAGCGAAAGGAGAAAGUCUUCUCCAUACGUCCUCGACAAUGGAGGAGUCAUAACAGCGAGUUUGACUAUACCUGUGCACACGCAGAACCAAUGCUUGUCCUACAACGUGGACGAUGAUAUUCCGUUCAUCGAGGAUGGAGAAAACGGAAGGCAGCAUAUGACGGUGGGGCUCGUAAGGACCCCUACGGUACCACCUAGGAGGCGGAAUCUCUCAGUUGGAAGCGAUUCCUCCAUAACGUCCGCGGUACAGCCGAUCACAGGAUCGAUUUCGUUGGUGCCCGGGUAUGAUUCAGCGGUGGGCUCCUCAGCAACGUACUCCAGCCCUAUACAGAACACGCCGACUUCAAUAUCCAGCAGCGUCGGAGACGCUGGUGCUUAUAGCUCCCCGCCAUCAUGGGCUUCGAGCCCCCCUACAUCUCCCGACAGCACGAAGACUACCGCAAACUAUAUUCCGGACGAAGUACCGGCUCAGAAAACUCUGAUGAAGAUUGCGAAGAGUAGCGUAAAGGAGAACGUUGCCACAGUCCAGAAGGUUUCUUUCUCCUCCGUCCAAGAAGUGCAGCAAAUCCGGGAAAGCAAGGACCAUUCGAGAACGUAUCAGAGAGAGGUUUCAUUCACUAAGCAGAAGAUGUCUACUCCCACUUCGGAGCCGCCCAGGUCCAUUUUCGACCUGGGAAAGCCAGUAGACAGGGAGCCACGGUUCACGCCGAGCAUCACCAAUAUAGGCAACGCUGUUAUGCGGUCCAAGACCGCGGACUUCGAGAGAAUUAUCAAAGUGGACACAGCCACGAAUAAGCCUAAAUCUCCAACGUCGACGUCAGCGGUCGAACGAGAGAAAAAGAAGUACACCAAGAGAAGGUACACGGACUCCCGACACCAGACGAGGCACAUCCCCGACGCCGAAGCCCUGGAAGCAGCGUCCGCGGAAGCGAAACGUGAGGAUAAGACGAGUAGUUUGCAGAGCGGGCCAGUAUACAAGAGGCGGGAGCUGAUCUCGAGCGUCCCGACCAAGUGAUGGAUUCUUUACGAUUGAUCAAUGUGUUCAGAACUAUUGUACAUAAUAAUGCAAGUGAUAAGUGUCUAGUCUAGUCUCACCUAGUGUUUACUGUCCCAAAAAGUUGUUAUUUAUUUUUUAAGAAUGCAUGUCGAAUACUGUCUUGAUGUAGAGAAUUAAACAAUCAGUCAACACGA